GACUCGCAGUCAACAGAUACACACGGUGAUUGCUUGGUAAACAGUAAGCACUCGGCUAUGAAAUCGCUCGCCGGCGAUAAAUUUGCUCUGUCCGAUGGGAUCGGGCCACCGCCUUGUUCUCCCAAACAGCGAAAAGCAAGUGCCGUGAGUAGGGACAAGGCUACGAAUAACCAUCAUGUGGUGCCGCUGGGCAUCCUCGUCGUGCUCUGCACUGUGUAUCUCAUGGUAGCCGGGAUGCAGAGCAACUACAGGCACUAUUUUAAGCCGGGCGUUGCUGCCUUCGACCUGCACCAUGCCCAGCCGGAAGCCAUGGCCGAGCCCGAGUUGGAUGCCGCCGCUCCAGAUGCAUCUUGCCGGAAGAUGGACGUUUUCGCGAAGGAAUCCAAUCGGAAUCAGGCAGUUUCAAGAAGAUCCCAAGGCAGGCCCACGAAGAGAACCAAAAACGGAACUGGAAGUGGAGUUAGCAAGCAACCUCGCUUGAUGAAGUCCUCGGAGGGGCACAAGAAGAAGGAAGCCGGCAAGAAGAGUAACACCGCGGAGCCCAUUAUUUACCUGUUCGCCCUGGUGUUUGUCUAUCUGCUGCUGAAGGCCGCCUCGGACAUCAACCAGCACUACAAGUCGCAGAACAAAGGGGACAAACGACUGCGCCGCUGCUCGCUGCAAUCCUAUGCCCAGAUCCACAAGCAGGAUCGCCGCUCAUCAAAAGUGGAGGAGUCCCCCAUCUUCCGGCGCAGGCAUAUUAUCAGCGAGGAGCGUUCCGUGUCGGUGGAUCGCUUCAAGUACACGCUGAACGAUGAGGGAGGCUUCACGAAGUCCGUUCCGCGGGCUCAGGAGUAUCACUACAGGGUGGUAUCUCCUUUGGCCAGCCGGCCCAGUCAGCAGCAUCCGCUUAGGCAGGGAUCCGGAGAAGCCCGUUUCGAGCCCCGCCUAAACCGUCGCUCCUCGGUUCCGAUCAGCAUUAACUAUCAAACGGUGCACGUAUCGAGUCCACAUCCACCGGAAAUGGCCAGGCGCGGCUCGGUGAUAAGCCUCACUGGGCCACCACCAGAGGUCAGUGGCAUGACCAGUGGUAUGCCAAGUGGAGCCGCUGAUCCGAAGCGGCGCGUCCGCAUGAUAAAUCGCCAUUGAAGUCCAGAAGUCCAGAUGAGAUCAGGACACAGCCCAUCGAAAGUGCAAAGAGACUACAGUACUUGAACAAACCAUUCAGAAACAGAAACCGCACA